AUGGACCGUAUGGAAGAGGAUACGUUCGCUAGGAGGUUGGACCAUACCCUCACUAGACGGUUGAGUAAUGUCUUGGAUGCUGCUAACGAUGAUACGCUGAGUCCAAGGUCCAGGGCUCAACUGUCGUUCAGAAUCCGAACUAUGAAGAGCACGCCGAUGCUAGGGGCUAGGUACCGCUAUUCGAUGUACUUCCCCGUGGAUCGACUGGCCUCCCUUAACAGUGAGCGGCGACUAGAGGCCGUGUUCGGCCCCGUACCUGGUAGCCACCAGGGAGGUGAUGUCUUGCCGUUUGCUGUGUCACCCGCACCUUCAAGCAUCAUCGUUGGCAACCGUGGGGCCCUGGGCGGCCCAGCAGAGGACCAGGAGGAUACAGUUAACAGGCUCACUAAGAGGCACAUACCCUGGGUGGCAUUGGACAUGGAGGAAUCAGUGGUGAGUGUAGGUUCUGAAGAACAGGUGAUGCUGUAUACAAACUCUCUACCAUUGGCUACUAAUGUGGAGACUGAGUUCUUUGAGAAUGUUGACCUUGUUCCUUUGUUCGAUGAGAAUGAUAUCUCUACGGAUGGUGGACCAUUGAAGCUAGUGGUGUGGGUGGAGGGUGAAGGUGCACCACUAUCCUUCCUGCUGCAGCCCGUGCCUCUAGGGAAUCUGGCACGCUACAGAGCCCUUAUAGCUGGUAUCUUGUUCCUCUCUACGUUCAUCCUCAUCGUAACAGAGUUGAUCCAUCGGGUGUAUGCUACCUUCAUUGGCUCCAUGUUGGGCCUCUUCCUGAUAGCCAUAAUGCAUCACGUCCCCGAAUUGGAGGACAUAAUAGCUAUGAUCGACUUUGGCACCCUCAUGCUGCUCUUCAGUAUGAUGGUUAAUGUCCACCUGUUGGCCCUCACUGGAUUCUUUCAGUACAUCGCGGCACGGAUGGUCAUACUGGCGAGAGGCCGUGUGACGCUCCUCUUUUUUCUCCUCACAAUGUCUACUGGGAUCCUGUCAGCCUUCCUCGAUAAUGUAACGACAGUCAUGCUGGUGGGCCCUGUUACCAUAUCGUUGUGCAAAGAGAUAAAGAGGAGCCCUGUGCCAUUCUACCUCUCUGAGACCCUUUUGGCUACUGUCGGUGGUACCGCGACAUUGAUAGGAGAUCCACCUAAUGUUGUCAUUGGAUCCAAGCUCGAUGUCUCUUUCACCGAUUUCAUCAUGUAG